CCAAAACCUCAUGACAGUUGCUAAAUUGUGUAUUUUUCUUUAGAUAACAUUGUUUCUUUGAACAACUUUUCUGCUUCCAAAUCAGUGUGUGGAGUAGUCCUGUUUCACUCCUUUUUCUUCACAGAAUCCAAACCAUAAUCAGAUGGAUAUAUUUGUUCACAAAUAUAUAUUUGUUCACAGCAUCUUUCUUCAUUUUGUAAAUGAAAAUAUAUAUCUUAAUGUGAUCAGGAACAAGAAUAAAAUGGCCUUGAUAUUCUAAACACUUCACAAUAGUAUCCAAAGAGGCAUUCCUGAAAAGUGUAUUAGCAAAAGACUAUAGGAUUUUGGAAAUAAAAUUUUGAAUCACAGAGGACUGAGUAAUUUACACCUCUAUUCCAGUCUGUGAAGAACUGGCUUGCAGAAGACUAUUUUCAGUGUCAUUUGUCUAACACCAAAAACCUAUGUUGUUGUACUGCCUACCAGAUCUGGAUUACUGUUUUGGCCAAUGUAUGUUAUUAAAUACACCGCUCAUGGCAAUGUACAGGGGCACUUAUAUGCAUAAACAAAGGAAUAAAGACUGCUUCUAGGUGAGGUCUUUGAAGAAGCUGAGACAGUUACCUCAUUGAAUAUCUCUUUAGUUCUUUCUGUUUCCUAGCCCUUUCCUCUGCUCUGCAAUCAAGAGAAGUCAAAAUAAAUGCUGGCACAAAGCUGGUGAUAGCUCGUUCCUUGUGCUGCCUGAAAAUAGACAUCCUCUUCCUCUACAGAAAUGACCUGGGAUUCAAUUGUAUGUUGUGGUUGAUAUUGAUUUCUGACUCCCAAUCUGGUUCUGACAUGGGUCAUAUUCUACCUGUGAACAUUUGUUGUUGUUGUUUUAUUUGUUUGUUUGUUUGUUUGUUUUUCUGUCCACAUGAUGCUUUUGGAGGGCAAAGCAGUGGAUGAAGUAUAUCUUUCUCUGGAGAGCCUCAAAUCCUCAGCUUCAAUAAUUGAGGAAGUUACACAGUUCAAAUUGUCCUUCACAUGCCUGUUAGUGGUGGCAGUGCAGUACAUUUAGUUUACUCCAUCCUAGGCUUUAUUAAAGGGAAAUUGGGUGUAACCCAUUCCCCUUCAGAAGAGUGGUUUGUUUUCUUUCUUUCCAUAUGCGUGCAUGCAUUCAGACGUGAAGGCUGUUAGAAGUAUGCCUGCUACUGCAAAGGGUUUUUUCUCUAGCUCUGCAUAGUUUCUUUGGCCUUUUUUUAAAGUGGAAUUAAGCCUAAGAGCAGUUAGAAUUCAACUGGCUGCUUCUAUAUUUAAUAAAUAAUAACCCUGCCAUGAAAUUGUAAUUGGCAAUAAAAAGUCCUGCAAUUCAUCUAACAGCUUUCCACCUCCCUUGUAAAUCUGCACUUCUACACUGCUGCUCAUUGCCAGAAGACAGAGUGUAUUCUUAACUUCAGAUACAACUUCUUCCACAGAAAUGAGGACUGGGAUACAGGCACUUUAAAUUCUUUCCUACCACACUUUAUUUUGUUCUCCUACCUCCCCUUGGGCACAGAAGUCCUCCAGUUUUUUGACCUCCAUUGAAGUUUGUGCUGGUCUUUUCCCAAGCUCUUAGUGUUGAUGGAUUAGCCUGAUUUCUCUCAAUAUCCCUCUUUGUAGCAUCUAUAGUACCAUUUGAUCUGAGAUGGGAAUUUGUAGAGGAACAAGGAGCUUUAUAUCUUCCCACAACUGCAAGUCCAUGUCUUAGCUAUUAGAUUAUUCUUCAUCCCCUGCAGAGGAACAGAGAGGUUCAUCAGUUCCAGGCAUCCUCUGAACUCCAAUGGGGGAGCAACUCUUAAAUUAUGGUAGGCUUUAACAAUGGAUUCAACAUCUUGUGUGCCACCACUGGAGGUUGUGGGCAGAACUUGAGGGGUGGGAGGAAAGAAGUACUUCUCUCCCCAAGCAGUCAUGAUGUGACAUCUGUAAGACAUAGUCUAAGAUGAACUGACAAUUGGUUGUAGUUCAACUAAAUGUGGAUGAAGGGAAGAAAAAUGCUGUAAAGCAACAAUAUGAAAACUAUACUGAAAAUAAUUCCUGGUUUGAAAUCACAUACGCAUUAAAAGCAGUGAAAGGCACCACCAUCGGUGGUGGUUGUUUAAAGCACUGCAAGAUAUCUGCUUGUGGAAACCUGGACCUUGGUUUUCCUCCAACAGCCUUCCUGUACGGUGCUAAACAGGGCUGUUGCCCUGCUGAGACUCUGGCAUUUAGCUCAGGAGACUGUAUAAAUGCACAAAAAACUGCUGAAGCCAGUUUUAGAUAAAAUGGGAGCUGCAACUGCAUGCCCUCUCUGCCCACUCUCAACUGACCUUUGUGCUUGUUUUUGUUACGAGGGCACUGCAGCAGAAGGAGGGUAGGAUAGGGCACUCAGACUGUUGGUGUUGUGCUCCUCAUGGUCAUCCCGUGGCUGGACAUGUGUUCUGUGGGGUGGCUCUGUGCCUGCCGGCCUGCUGGGGGCCAGCUGGGGCUCACCUGCAGCUGCACUGCCUGUUUGGUAGCUCAGAUUUGUUUUGGAGCUGCUUUCCCAUCCCAGCUACUGUGGGCAUGCCAGCGCUUCGAGAAGGGUGGAUUUUGGAAGUAAAUCUUUCUGGUGACUAGGAGCUGUCUACUGGGUGGUGUGCCAUGCAUUACCUCUUGCCAGGACCUGCUGGGAUGGGUGCCAUAUCCAUAUCCUGGAUACCUGCUCAGCUCCUUGAAAGCAGGCGUGCUCCCAUGCUAUAUAAUGAAUAAUAUGAUGUUGACUGCCUUGAUAUUGUAUGGGAAUGCAUAUUUAUCAGGCUUCUGUUUCAGGUCAUGGGCCUUGGCUCUUUUUUUUUUUGCUAAAGAUAGCUGUGAUUCUGUCCCUGAACAGGAACUAUCCUGGGAGAAUCAGGCCCUUGUGAAAUACAUGAUUUUCUUCAUGGUUGUGCUGCUACAAAGAGAGGAAAGGAUUUGAAAUUUCAGAGUGUCUGACACUUCCUCUGACAUGACAUUCAUAUUUAAUAUCAUUCUUCUACACACUUUCUUCACCUAUAUGCUUCUUCUCAAAGACAAUUCCUUAAGAAUUGCUUAUUCUUCUCCAAGAGUUUAUUUGCAAAUACAGAUAAAUGCCCAUUAAUCCUUUCUUUCAAAUGGACCACCCUGAAUUAAUACCACAAGCAGAAAUGAAGAUGUGAAAAAGUUCUCCUUGAAAAAAUCAUUUUUGUAUGGAAGAGGAAUAAAGUGCUCAUCUUUUGUCAUUACUAUUAGAAAAAUGCUCUGUGAUUUUUAUGACCCUCCUUCUUUACUAAUGGAAAAAUACAGAUUUUUUUUUUUUUUCAAAAGAUACAAUCCAAAACGUCAAUCUAUAGAAAGAAUCCACCCUCUGGCAGUCUGGGGAUCUGAUUCAGAGCUGGAUAGAUACUGACUGGCCAGAAAUCAGGCUGGACCUAGGCAGAGAUUUGUCAUCUCAUUCUGUGAAGGCUUUGAAUAUUUCAAGUUUGAGUUUCUACAGAUUCCGAAAGAAAAUCAAACACAUAUUUCUCUGUAUAAGGGAGAGGCUCUUCAGUUCCAUCUGCCAGCCUCUAACUUCAGAACUCAGAAAUUAACUCAUACAAGAUCGUUGCUAUUUCAGGUCUUAGAGGAUUUAGAAGCUUGAUGUUUUCUCUGCCUGGUGUGGCUAAAAAAUGUGUAAAAUUGUGAUUGUAAAUGCUGGGGGUACAGUCACAGCCCAGCUAAGGGAGCCUUAUGUGGAACCAUCAGACUGUUGCUGCGAGUCAUGCAGGGGAGCUGGAGUGAGGUGCAGAUCAUGCAAGCCAGAGACUAGCAGUAGAUGUGAGCCCCAUCACACGGAAGGCACACAUGGUGUCCUCCCUGCUGCACCUGCAGCGCUGCCCUCCAAGAGCCCUGAAAUAUGGGCAUCCCUUCCCAGCACUGGGGCCACCUGCAGCCUUGGCUGGUCCCAUCACUGUAAACCUGGUUAUCUCUGACCCAUGCUGAACAGAACUGCACCCCACCAAAGGCACAGUGCAAACAGAAAACAACAUGCAUGCCAAGCAGCUUCAAAAUUAAAGGAAAACUGAUGUUUCAUGCAGGUUUCCAUGUCAGGCAACAGGGAUUGUGUCACUAAUGUGCAAUUUCUGUGUUGCUCCUGUGCAGUGGGGAUGCAGGAAGGCAGCUCUGCUGUGGUCCUCACCGCCAUCAGCAGCAGCUGUGCCCCUCUGAACUGCCCAGUCAGCUUUGGGGGAGAAGGACAUGGGGAACAGCAGGCUGACCUUCCUCUUCCAAGGCCACUCUAUACAGAUUUGUAUAAACAUGUUGUUUUUUGUUUGCUUGUUUGUUUUUAAUGAAAAGCAAUUAACUUGUCAAAUUGUUAGAAGCAAGAAAUAUCUCAUUCUCUUUCUUUCUGAAGCCUGAUAGCCUUAUUUCUUCUUUGCAUUUAAUAUGAUUAUGUCUAACUACUCCAGGGUACAGGAAAAUACAAACAGCAAGAAUCUAAAUAUUUUUGCAGUUUCUUUCCAAUACAGGCUAAAUACAGAAAAGCCAACUCUACUGUAAAUUCUGUACAAUAUAUACACACAUAUAUAUAACCUUGAGCCUCUGCAUUUCAGACAUGCCUAAUUUUUUAAACUAUUAGAUGCAUCUGAAGGUUGAGAUCAGCUAAAUUUGGGGAAAUGAUCAACGGUAUUAAUCUCCUGAUUUCACUUUUUGUUUCCUUCUCUUCCCAGUAAGGAAAACCAUGCUGUUAUGGGGAGACACACGAUGCAUGUUGCAGGUCUCCCCCCUGUGUCUGCACAUGGAAGAUGAGCAUAAAGCUUUGUUACACACAGCAGCUGCAAAGAGUUCUACUUAGCUUGCACUGGAACCAUUUAUGCUCUAGUUUUCCAGUCCCUUGGUUCAAAGCUAUAUUUGAGAAAUACAAUUUUGUGUAGGUUCUGAGACCAAGGUAAAAAGAAUGGCCAGUGAAGUGGUGCCUAAAACAAGUCUUCUCUGUUCUUCUUCUGAAUAUUCCAUUCUCUUUGCUUAAAGAUUAUUUUCAAAAUUGUUUAAUAUUUCCUAUAUAGGAAGCAUGCUUACGCUGUGGUGUAGUAAAAUAGUGAGACUUAAAAAGAGAAAUAGGUUAGGUUAAGAGAGUAAAAAUCACAUUUUAUUAUAUAUCAGAAAAAAAAAUGUGUUUAUAUAAGACAUAUAAAAACAUUAAAAAAAUAAUUUGAGAGCGUCUUUUGUAAAAACAGUGGGAAGACUCAAUUUCUCUCUAUGUAAAACCACCUAAAUCUCUUCAAGCACUGAAAUUCUCAGAGACUUUUCAAACUCCUGGCUGAGGAAAACAAAGUCAGUUGUAGGAAUCAAUCAGCUAUUCAUUAUCCACCGAGGAACUGCUGGGAUUUGAGCUUGCCUGCUAUAGGCUUUUGAGAUUCAAUCAGUAAAGUCUUUUAUUUCUCCAUUCAUUCCAGGGGUAUUCAAACAGUUUGCUUAAUCUUGGGAAUGGUGAAGGGUGGAGGGAGCAAACCCAUAUGUCAAAUUUCAGAUUUUUUUUUUAGAGGCUUAAAAAAUAAGAAGAUAAGUAUUUUUUGUUUGUUUGUUUUUGUUUUGUUUUGCUUUUCCCUAGAGAAUUAGUUUAAAUAUAGAUAUGGUACCACAGACAGUCCAUGGCUUAAAAUGUUGUGAUCAACCACAAAACAAACAAAUGAACUAACAAACAAAACAGCAUUUCAGCAAAAACAGCCAUCAACGAAGCAGGGCAGUGACAGUGACAAUAAUCGAAGACAGAAAAGGUAAGAGUAAUGGAAGACCUGAAUUACCUCUUCUUUUACCUGAAUUACCUUUUUAACACCAUAAGCAUUACUUACAGCAACCAGCUGGCAAACCCACAAGAAAAGUCACUCUUGAUUUAGUCCUGAGAGCUGUGCAGGAUCAUGUAUGUACUGAAAAGCUCCUUAGCACCUCUAAUAUGCUUGAGACUACCAUCUGUGUGGGAAUGAGUGAGCCAAAAAAAUCCCAAAAAGACAACAUUCAGUGCAGGAAGUUUUAAGUAAGUAUUGAUCACUGGUGCAUAUAGAUCAGUGCUGGUUCUUUCUCUUCAUGAAUGGUUCUAAUUAUCUAUAUGGGCCAGGACCAAUCCUCCUCUGGAUGACUUCAGCAUAUUUUGGCAAAGCCUGAAUAUUGCUUGGGCACCCAGAAGAUUCUCCAAUUCCUCCAAGCUUCUGUCCUGCAGGUAACAGGAGAUGGAGAAAUUGAGUUGGUGGGACAUGGCUGUGAAAAUAGACUGAGUACUGCUUAUGAUUGCUCUGUCCUGAGGCAGAGCAACUCCACUAAGCUGAACAAAUCCUGGAUGCACUAAAUGUGAGUUUGUGCCCCAGGUCCAUGUUUUUACAGCCAUGCCUGGCUCCAGAGCUGGCAUCUCUGGAUGCCAGAGAGUCCUGAGACUACAAGGCAUAUGGAUGAGUCCACAUGUGCUGACUUUCUUACCAGCUGCUGGUCCAGCUGCUGGAAAGAGCAUGUGGAUGGCUGUUGAUAGAGUUAUGCUGAAAGAGCUCAAAGGGCUGGUGCCAGCUUGGCUUUUUUUUUUUUUUUUCUUCCUUUGCUUUUUUAUUUUUUUAUCACUCAGCUACGCUGAAGCCUGAUGCCUCUGGUAGCCAGUGGUGGAGCAGUGAGAAGCUGUUUUUGCUGCUUUGCUUUUACGGGAGAGACUUGUCUGCGUGAACUCUUAGGAAAACAAGCACCUAGACAAUUCAAGCAGAAGCCGGUGAUGGAGGUCAGCUCCACAGAAGCCAGCAGCAGGUCCCCAGCUGGCACCGGCUGGCUGGAUUUCACCCUUGUCACCUGCACUGAGACAGUGACUUUCACUGAAGUGGUGGAAGAAGAGGAGUGGGGAUCCUUUUACUAUUCCUUCAAGACAGAGCAGCUGGUAACUCUUUGGAUCCUCUUUAUUGUCACAAUUGCUGGAAAUGCCAUUGUGCUCUUCUCUACAUGGAGGAGGAAGCGGAAAUCUCGAAUGACAUUCUUUGUUACACAGUUGGCAAUCACAGAUUCAUUCACGGGACUCAUAAACAUAAUGACCGACAUCAUCUGGCGCUACACGGGAGAUUUCAUGGCUCCUGAUAUCAUUUGCAGAGUUGUCCGCUACUUACAGGUGGUCCUCCUGUAUGCUUCAACGUAUGUCCUCGUGUCACUAAGCAUAGACCGGUAUCAUGCCAUAGUUUAUCCAAUGAAGUUCAUGCAAGGAGAAAGACAGGCGAAAGUUCUUAUUGGAGUGGCCUGGAGCCUCUCUUUCCUGUUUUCGAUUCCGACUCUGAUUAUUUUUGGGAAACGGCAGCUCUCCAAUGGGGAAGUGCAGUGCUGGGCUCUCUGGCCCGAUGACUCCUACUGGAUACCCUACAUGACGGUGGUUGCUUUCCUGGUGUACUUCAUUCCUCUGAUCAUUAUCAGCAUCAUAUACUCAAUCGUGAUUCGAACCAUCUGGAUGAAGAGCAAAGCUCAGGCUGUCAUUAUAUCCAGCUGCCCUGAUGGGAAAACCUCCUCUGCUGGCUACACCAGUCGUGGGUUCAUAUCCAGAGCAAAAGUGAAAGCGAUCAAGUACAGCAUUGUAAUUAUUCUUGCAUUUGUUCUCUGUUGGAGCCCUUAUUUUCUGUUUGAUAUCCUGGACAACUUCAACAUCCUCCCUGAGACCAAAGAGCGCUUCUUUGCCUCCGUGAUUAUUCAGAACCUGCCGGCCUUGAACAGUGCCAUCAACCCCCUCAUCUACUGCCUGUUCAGCAACCGCCUCUGCCCGCCCUUCGAGGAAAGAAGAACACGAAGGCUGGAGGGAAUUUUUCGUGACCAAAGUGAUGGAGGGCAGGAGAUGCAGGUCCUCUCCAAACCAGAAUACAUCUAGUGUAAACAAUGCUCCACAUAGCCACACCAGGACCUGUACCAAGGAGGGUGGAGAUUUUCCCUGAGAACAGAAGGACACCAUGCACAAACCAACCGGACAGAGCCUGUACCUCGCUGUUGUUAAACAGCAUGAGUGUUUUGGACCAGCACUGCAUCUUCAGCCAUUGCAUGCCACCAGGACCAAGCUCGCUGCGUGGGGUUUGCAUGCCAUUUUCAUGAUGGCUCAUUUUGACCAUCUGUUUUCAAGCAAGCUGUAACAUGUACACACUCCAAAUUGGAAAAAAUAAAAUAAAAUAAAACACAAUGUAAACAGUG